UUAUUGUAAGAGUUUUAUCUUUGUCCUCGAUGAAACCAAAACUCCAAAACAUACAAUGGCAAACUCUCCUCUAGAUGUCGCCAUCAUUGGUGCUGGGUUAUCAGGUCUCGCGUUGGCUCUUGCACUCCAUCAACAAUCCAUCUCAUGCGCAGUCUACGAAGCUCGUGAAGCUCCAUUAAACGUGGGCGGAGCACUUAUGCUUAUGCCCAAUGGCCUAAAAGUACUCGGAAAACUGGGAGUCUACGACUCUCUGCAAAAGAGAGGCUACAACUUCGAGCAUAUCUACAUUCAAGACGUAGACAGCGGGAAGAUUCUAGAGAAAAUUGACUAUGGCAACGUCGAGCGCUAUGGAUUCCAAGCCCUCCGCCUAUACCGCUACAUCGUGCUCGAAGAGCUCCUAGUCGCUGUAAAAGCAAAGGGCAUCCCAAUUCAUUUCAACAAAAGAUUCUCCCACAUCGUCUCCGAGACCGAAGAUUCCGUUUCAUGGCAAUUCCACGACGGCUCCACGGAAACCGCAUCUCUCCUCAUAGGAGCAGACGGCAUCCACUCCACAGUCCGCUCCCACCUAUUCCCCGACAUCAAACCCGUCUUCGCAAACAUGGCCGCCAUCGUAGCCGCAAUCCCCACAGCCCAACUCUCCCUCCCCCCACCCACCGACCCAAACCUAAACUCCCCCUCAAACACCUACCCCAUCCCCUCGGGCCUCACCGUCCCCGGCCUAGGCGCCUUCGUCAUCGCCCCACAAACGCACGCCGGCGACGAAGUAAUGAUCACGGUCCAACGACCCAUGGCUUCCACAUCCAUCUCCUCGUCCGACAAAGACGCGCUCCGCUCCCUCCUGCGCCAAAACUCCGACCGCUUCCCGCCCAUCGUCCAGAACGCCGUGCGGGAGAUCCCCGACGCGCAGUUGCGCAUCUGGCAUUUCUACCAUAUCCCGCGGCUCGAGCGCUGGAUGCGGGGACGUGUGCUUAUUGUAGGAGAUAGCGCGCACGCGAUUCCGCCCAGUGGGGGCCAGGGCGCGAAUAUGGCGUUCGAGGAUGUGUAUUUGGUUGCGCUUGUCCUGGGGCGACUGGGAGGGAAGCCGAGUGGUGGGGAGUUGGAGAGGGCGUUGUUGGGGUGGCAGCGGUUUCGCCAGAGGAGGGUGGAUAGGGUGUUGGAGCUUAAUAGGCAGAUGGAUUUGAGGCGGAUGCCGAGUGCUGGUGGUGGGGAGGAGGAGGAGAAGGUGGAUAUGGCGGAGAUGUUUGAUUGGUUGUUUAAUAUUGAUUUUGAGGAGGCGGUUGAUGAGUGUUUGGAAGGCGUUUUGUAGUUUUGUUUUGAAUAGAAGGCUUGCUGGUUCUCCUGUCAAGGUUAAUCUUUAGCUGUUUGUGAUGAUUGUAGGAAAAGGAGUAAGCUAAGCGAGACUCCAAGCGAAUUUGGCUCUCCUAUCACGUUACCUCGUCGUCCCUUCUCCAAUAACCCUCUUCUUAC